AAACGCGUCGCAAGUGUCGCGCGUUUCGUCUUCCACUUUGUGAAUUGGCAGUGAAUCGCGCAGCAUCUCCUCUCGUUAUAUUUCCGACCGAUUCCCGCCGCGACGCGCGUACAACGGCGUGACAAGUAGUGCGUGGAAAUCGACCGCGAUAAACAAGUAUCCUCGCCCUAACAAGAACGAAUCGUGAGAGUCGUCAACCGGGAAGAUGACGGAUGUACAAGUGAAUUCGAACAAGGACGACACCGGCAGCAAAUUGCAGCAGGAUGACGACGUCAUGCAGCGAACAGGUAAAGCCAAAUCCGCCAUUACCGACCGUCUAUCGGGCGAGACCGCAAGGUCCACCUGGAUUACCAAGGCACCCUGUAAAUAAUGGUCCCAUAGGACAGCCACGACCGGGCCACGGACAGCCUCAAAUCCGUUUCGACAAUCGAUCCCCAACAGGGCCGAACAAUCCCGGUCAGUUCGUACAGCUGAGACCGUACGGCCCUCCAAGGCCACCCGUAGCUCCUUAUCCUCAGAAGCCGGUUCAAGGUCAACAUCCGCCCAACAUCGUACCGAGCCCACGUUUCCCACAAGCAUCGCAAUUGCAACGCAGUCCAGGCCCGCCAAGACCACCACCUCCCCAUCCUGGAAAUUAUCGAGCGCAAAAAUUCCAGGGCAACCUGCAACGACCUCAACAACCGAGACCGGAAUAUCCCCAGCAACGAAACCAGGACUCGCAACUGGCCGUCGCGAGAUCGCGGUGUGAAAUCGUGCAGAGACAGUUGCAACGAAAUGAGUCGUUGUUGAACAUAGGCUUCCAACAGAACUUGGAACAGGGGAGGGAAGAGAGGAAACAACAACAGGUGGCGCGCGUAAUAGUCGACAAAAUGGCGGACGUGGACAACUCGAAGAAGUUGCAACAGUUCGAGACCGCUGUUUCGAAGGAGAAGGGCGAAUUGAGGGAGAAUGAGAACGACGACGACGACGACGUUGUGAUGGAUGGGAGGUCGCCUCGUGCUAACGGGGAUGUUUCUGGCCGAGACGAUUUGAUCGAGCCCAAAUUGUUGAAGAGCGAUGUUCAGGCGGCGAAGAGGCCGGAAACUGCGACGAUGAACGGGAAAAUGGCCUCGGACAAACCGGACGUGGUUGGUCUGAGCGAGAAACCUAUUAAAGAUUCGAACGUGACCGAAAGUGACAACAGAUUGUCCGCGAAAUUGGACGAAGAAACGCAUAAAAGAUCGCUGGAUAAAGAGGACGUUGAUAAUCAGAUGGAUGAACCGGAAAGGAAGUUGCUGAAAGAUCAAAACGAGAAGGAGAACUCGAAUAAGGAAAAUGACGCGAAACAGAUCGAUGUGAAUUCUUCGUCUGCUCCAAUCGAUAAGGAUCGAAUCGAAAAAGAGAAUUCGAUUAAGAAGAGUGACACGAAAUUGACGACCCAGGUUGAUGUGAAUUCUUCGUUCGCACUGGACGUCAAAGAUCAGAUCGAAAAAGAGAAUUUAAAGAAGGAAAGUGGCACGAAAAUGACGAUACAAGCUGAUAUGCAUUCUUCGUCCCUUUCAUUUAUCAAAGAUCAAAUCGAGAAAGAGAAUUCGAAUAAGAAGGAUGACGCGAAAACGACGACACAGAUUGACGCGAAUUCUUUGUCCAUCCCAUCUGUCGAAGAAAAUUCAAAUAAGGAAAUUAAAGACGCGAAACAAGCUGAUAUGCGUUCCAUUCCAACUGUCGUGAAAGACAAAGUUAGUGCACCUACCGAAAAAUCUGAAGAAAAGAAGUUGGAGCAGAGUUUAAACGCGAUUUUACCGUCUCCAGAAAAAUCGCGCACACCGACGAAACCAGGCGAGGAUGGCAGUGAACAGAUGCAAGCUUUAAGCCCCAAGUCAAGCCCUGACAAAUCUCCAAUGAAAGAGGAAUUGAAGACGUCUUCCGAUAAAUCAAGUAAUAUACCUGUGGAAGUAAGUCAAAACGAGCGAGAAACGAAAAAACAGAUGGAACAAUCGAGAGAAGAUGCACCGAAUAAAUCGACGAGAGUACAGAGCGGAGAAGAACUGAAGACGCCACGAAGCGAUUCGCGCGCAGCUACGCCAAAGAACGAAGAAACGAAAGAAGAUCGAAAAGAGAUAGAGAAGGAGCGAGAGGGCAAGGAAAAAAUCGAUUCGAAACCAGAAAUUAAAUCGGAAGUGAAAUCAGAAGAUGCAUCGAAGGGACAGGAUAAAGAUGAAGAGGAAUUGAAAGUAUCCAAGGACACGUCGAUGGAAACGAGUCAGGACAAGGAAGAGGCAGAAACUAAAGAAGUGCCUAAGUCUUCGGGGAAAUCGUUGGAUCCUGAUCAUUCUCCGAAGGAGAAAGAAUCGAGCGAUCCAUCUGCGAAUUUGAUUGAAGAAAAUGUCUUGAAAAAUUCUCAUCCUGAUAAACUCGAAGAAUCUUUGGAACAGAAAAGUGUUACUGCGAGUCGUCCUGCUUCUGGAAAGGAAGCAAGCGAGACGAAACCUCCAGUAUUAUCAGAGGAUCGAGAGAGGGUUGCGGAAUCAGCAGAAUUGUCGCCUCCAAUGUCCCCGGAGGAAGGUACGAAGGGUUUCGACAAUGGGCAGCAGAGGUCGUUGUCGAUAAAAUCUUCGCCGAGUCAAAGUCUUCAGUCGCCUGUCUCUCCAAAAUCACCGAAAUCACCCAAGUCUCCGAAAUCGCCCAAAUCGCCUACCGACGACAAGAAAGUGACGGAAGGAAAGGUGAAAACUGAGGAGGAAAAGGAUGAGGAUAAAACGACACCUGAAACGAAAAGUUUGUCGAAAUCGGCCACGCCUAAACACGCGCCUACGUCUGAUAAACAAGAUAAGAAAUCGAGAAAGAAGUCUUCUACGACACCAGAAGUAGAAAACGGCAGUGUAACAAACGAAUCGAUUCAAUCCAAUGCGGAACCAACGACAAAUGGAGUUGGGGAUUCACCGACGAAAAAAUCGCCCUCUAAGACGAAGGAAGCCGAUAAAAGAUCGACAGCUGGAUCACCUGUAAAAUCGCCAAGUAAGUCCGUCAAAUCGUUGCCAAGAACUCCAGAUACUCCUUCGUCGACAACUGCUUUGGAGAAGAAAAAACUGCCUAUGAACAAAAUUCAAGUUGGAUCGGCGCCUUCUCCAAAUCUGAAAACAGUACGAUCGAAAAUCGGCUCGUUAGAAAACGCAAGUUACAAACCAGGUGGUGGAAAAGUGAAAAUAGAGAAUAGAAAGCUCGACUUCAGUAAAGCGCAACCGAAAAUCGCCGCAAAAAAUGAGAAAUAUACACCCAGUGGUGGCGAUAAAAAGAUCGCCCAAAUUAAACUUCAAUGGAAUGCAAAACCAAAAGUCGGAUCAUUGGAAAAUGCAACGUACAAACCUGGUGGUGGCGACAAAAAAAUAGAAACAGUGAAACUUGAUUUCAAGGAUAAAGCAAAACCGAAAGUAGGCUCAAAGGAAAAUGCCAAACACAUUCCUGGCGGUGGUAGCAUUAAAUCAUCGGCAACACCACCUAAGACGCCACAGGAUACGAACAACGACAUUCAGACACAAAAAAUUGACAUCAAAGCUGAGAGUAAAGUUGGCUCCUUAGACAACGUGAAGCAUAAGCCAGGAGGUGGCGAUAAGAAAAUCUUCAACGAUAAAGAAUACCUUCGACAAACUGGUACCAAUCCUGAAAGUCUUUGUGGCAGUGGAUCACAGAGCCCUGUGCCCCCUGGCACGGUCGCCGCCGGCAAGAACGGUCUACCCACAUCGGACGAGAACCUGAAUCAGGAAUGCUAGAUUACGAAAACACAACCGCUAGACCCGUUUUCCUUGUCAUUUGCGUCUGAUUAUAAUCAUCCGUAAUCUCUUUUCCUUCCCCAAUCGUCGAAUCGAAGGCCCGUAUAUUUAUCCCGUAAUGGAUUCCAACACAUUCGGCGUAUAAUUACAUGUAUAUCGAGAAGCAAGCGUUCGAAUUCAAUUUUUCAAAGCGUCGCAGGCUUUUCUAUCGUAUUCGUCGAUCUAUCGAUACAUAGAUCUCGAGCUGCUCGAUUUGUGACUGUCACGAUCGUUUGUCAGCGAUCACUUAGAGGUUUUUUUUUUUACGUGCCAUACACAAGGGAACACACGUUUAAUCGAUGAGUGCGAAUGGCGUAAAGAAGUAGAAGCAUUUAUUCUAUUCCUCUUUUGCCAUGUGUUCUUACUCGAUCGAUACGAGAUGAGUGUGUGUGUGUAUACCUGUCCAGCGUGUAACACAACGAUCAGAGUGAUUCUUUUUUCUCCAUUCUAUUGACGCAUUUAUCCGGAGACACACACAUACAGUGACAUCUUUUUCAGAUUGAAAAAAUGUGUUUUAAAAAAAAAGACUUUUCAUACGAUAAUAUAUAAUCGUAAUAUAUAAUUCAUAGCGUGAUUAUUAUAUCGGAACAAUUUAUCACACCUGAUUCUAUGAAUUUUUAUAAAUGAUGAAGUAAUGCGUUAUAAUAGUGUUUCUCAAUCUUUUGUCACGUAAAUCACAUAUAUUAUUUGUUUGUGUGAAUCAAAUUUAAAAUAUAGAGAAUAGAAUCUCGUUUAUACGAACGAGAACUCAUAGAACUCAACUUCUAUUAUCUGAACUGCUUUAUUCAAGUAAAGUGAGGUUAAAUGUAUAAUCUUCUUAAAUUUCUUGAUUCAAAAAAUAAAUUUUUAAGUUUGUCAUUUUUAUAAAAUAAUUAAUACUUAACUAUUUGUAUAAUAUACUUUUCCUUUCAUAUUUUAAUAAAUCAUACAUUAUAAGUGUCUAAGUCAGUCUUGUAAAUGAUCUAAAUGAUAAAAGCGAAUUAUAUUUUAAAUUAACAAAAAUAAUGUUUAUUUAAAAUCUUCAAGCUUAUAAAUAUUUUUAAAUGAUAAAGGCAUUGAAAAAUCGUGUUUGUUUUAUUUGAAAUCUUUAAAUGUUAUGCCAAAUUGAAAAUAAGAAAAAACAGUUAUUACAUUAAUCUAAUCUCUAUUAUCUACUAAUAACUAAUAAAAAAAAGAUGAUAAAAAUGCUAGAUCUUUAUUAAACAAUAAAUUAACGAAAAAUUCUACUCUAAAUUUUUUAAAAACCGAAUUACUAUUUAUAUAUUAUAUAAAUAAAUAAAAUUAUGUAUAUUUGAGUAGUCUAUUAAAAAUAUAAUGUAAUCUAUAGAUUGAGAAACAUUGCAUUAUAGAUUUUAUCAGAAAACUUAAAUUAGAAUGAUAAGGGAAUAUUCGAUGAAAAAAUACAUUAAACUUCCUCUUAACGAUUUGCAAAGAUUGAUUUACGAUAAGAAAUACUGUAUAAUUGUUUGCAAUAUCUUAUAUAUGAUAUACAUAUUAUACUGCAAUAAAAGCCACUUCGAAAGACUCAAACAUUUCUAAGAACAUUUUUCCGAUCUGAAAAGGAAAUGGCGGUAACGUGAUACGCUUAAGUUAUUGAAACAUGAAUUCUCAUUUUUCGUGAUCACCUAGAACAUCUAGGCAACUAGCAUGGCAAUUAAACGAGAUAUAAAAAAAGUCGCAUAAUAUCUGAAAUCAUCGUUUCGAAUUAUUAAUUAUUGUAAUUAUCAACCGAGAGUAGGUGUAUUUUUGUUAAACCUAUGAGAAUAAUGCUAAUUUUCAAGGCUAUAGUGUAAAUAACUAACUGUUAUAUUAAACGAAGCUUUGAAUGUGCUAUGGUAACGUUGAUAAAAAUAUAACGUUGAUCGAUUAAUAACUUUAAAUUUAAUAAUAAUAUUAACUAAUAAAUUGAUAGAGCUAAUUAUGCAAUCACAAUGAAUUCAAUUUUAGCUUUUUUAAUGUGCGUAAUAACAGACACAUCGAUUAUUAUGAAUAAAUAAGUAAUUAAUCGAACAGAAUGAUAAAUUUUGGUAGAAAAAAAAAUUAGAAGAAAAAAAAAUUAAAAAAUUGCAAGCGUUGAUAAAUUGCUAAAAUUAAUCGAUAUAGAAUGAAUUCUUUCUUUUCUGAUCAUUUAAAACUCAAAUUAAGCGUACAAAGUAAAAAUUUCAUUAUGAUUUAUAAAAAUAAAUCUCGAUUAAUACCAAACAUAAAAUCAGCGAUAAUAAUAAUAAAAAACUAAAAAAAAUAAUAAUAAUAAAGGAAUUUAUAGAUGAAAACAAAACAUUGUAAUUAUAUUGUCGUAUAGAAAAUACAUUUAAAAUUCAAACGCUAUGGACAUAAUCGUAUUUCAUAUUAAAGGUUUACUUAAAUUCGCCUACUCCCGGAAAAUAAAAAUAUUAAUAUACUUUAUACAUAAUAUGAAAUAAUUAAAGUGAAUGAAAGAAAAAAUAUGUGAUGCACAGAUUAUUUAUUUGUAAACGUUAUACAUAGUUUCAUUAUUAUCUAAU